UUAUCGACAACACCUAUAGUGUCGACUGGCGCAAACAAGUACCCUGAACAAAAUGGCCAGACUAUUACAUCUAUUCCUACGCCAACGUCAUACGACGACCCCCCUGGCGAUAACUUUUCCACUGGCCAACUCGCUGCCGCAAUCAUGCUUCCCAUGCUAUUCAUUUUGGUUCUGGGUCUUCUAGCAGUAUUCUUUUACCGACGACGGAGUAGACGAGAUAGAGCAUCUGCUGGAUCUCGGGCGAUGAAAGUCAAUCAAGAUGCCAACUACGCGCCUAUGACCUAUACUACCCAACAAGGGCCUCCACUUAUGAUGACCCGGCCACCUCACUUACAUCCUCAUCCACCACAUCCCGCAGUCACGAACAUCCCCCGCGUUCCGUACCCAAGGCCUCAGUCUACUCAGCCAAUAAUUCUCGGGCCGAUGAGUCAGUCCAAUUCAGGCAACUAUCACACCGGACUAGAUACAGAUGUUCUUUCGAUAUCCGAGUCUACGAUACAACGAAACGGGGGCUUUCCUAUAGAGGAUCCGGACGAGCCACCUCCACCAUAUCGACCUAGAAGUGUAGUAACAUUUGUCUCACGAGAAGCCAGCACGCGGUCGGGAUCCUUGCGACCCGAUGCGCAGGUUGACGGCUCUACCGAUCAUCUUAUCCAUGGUGCGCUGGCGCACCCAGGAAGAUCUCCUUUUGCGGAUCCUGACGACGAUGACGCUGUCUCAAUCAUUUCUGAGCCCGAGAGACACGGGGGCAUGCGGCAGGGGCGCGAUAUAAUGUCUGAUGUAUCCGAUCUGUCAUAUCAGAACAGCUUUAGACGACCAUGAUGGUUUUGACAGGAGCUCUCAUUUCAUCCUAGUAUUUUCAUGUAUUUAUGAAUCGCACAUUCAUCAUCUUGCAGGGUGCUCUGGCGUUUUGGACAUGAGAAUCAAACUUCUCAUGCAUGAGGCCUCAGCGCAACGCAUUAUCAUACUAUCUACUGGUAUCAAGCACUCAAGGUCAACCCUAGUGAUCUUCAUGCUUCCGCUAUUCUUACAGCGGGCAAUAUAAGUUUUUUGGGAGAGAAUUUAGAUUCGUCAAUAUUGCUCCGUCGAUGGCAAUGGGCCCUUAAACCGCCUUUCAAUAAGGAAUACUCGACAUACAGCGGAGUGACCCUUGUUUGCAUAGUCGUGAAAUAAUAAAGGUUCCCAGGCUCCUAGGACCAAUGGGGCA